UUACUGGACAACCAUUAACUGUUUCCUAAAAUCAGCAUCUGCUGAAAGUUAUACAGAAACUAAUCGAUCCUAGGCAUGAUCUUCGGAAUUCUCCACGAUAUGCAAGCGGCCUCCUUAUAAGCACAUAUCUGGCGUACGUUCUCCUCGUCACUACGUACGAACUGCGCCCAAACAAGGCCGAGGUCAUGGGUAACUUUCUUCUUCUCGCUGCCGCCGUGUGGAUGCUGCUGUGGGCCGGCCAUGGAACCGCUGCCGCCCGGGUGAAACUCCAGAGUUCCAUCAAGGAAACAAGCCUUUUGCCUCAGAGGUCGCUCGGCCAAAUUUCACCACUCGACAAUGGAUCUGGCUCCGGGAAGCGCUACCUUGCGCAGCACCUGUCAGGAACAUCGGAUCAGGGUUUCUACGGGAUCAUCGCCACCAUGGACGUGUACGGCUUCAACCUGACCACCGAGCAGUUCACCGAGGGCUCCGUUCUUCUUCACGAUGAAGACGGCUCCAAUAUAAUCCAGAUCGGCUGGGAGGUCGCGCCGGACACCUACGGCGAUUCACGUACCCAUUUAGGUUCUCUGUGGACGACCGAUGGGUACAGGAAAACAAGUUGCCGCAACGCCGAGUGUGCUUUUCUGCCGGAGAAGGACGCACCCAUAGCUCUUGGUGGCGUAAUUGAGACCGUCACCCAACCCAACGGACCUAAACAGACGAUCACCAUCAAAGUUAUCAAGGACGGCAUAAUGGGGGACUGGCUGGUGUAUUAUGGGUUCAACGGAGGUGAUCCCGCAUUGAUUGGACGAUUCCCUAAGUCACUGUUUACCGGAGGGUUGGCAAAUCGAGCGGCACUUAUUCAGUUCGGUGGCUACGUGUGGACCAACACGAUAACUCCGCCUCCGAUGGGCAGUGGCUACCUCCCCAAGGAUGAUGCGGCGACAUCCGCAUCCAUGAGCAAUAUCCAGUUCAUCGACCAGAACGGACACCCCUAUCCGGUGCCCCAAGACUCACCCACUUACGUGACUGAUCCGAAUAUCUACGCCACUAAUCCCAUUGUGAAUGGGCGUUUCUUUUACGGGGGUCCCAUGCAGUAGUCAACAUGAUGUGAGCUAGCGUAACUCUUUUGUUUCAAGAUUGUUAUGAGCUAGUACACACAGAAUAACUAUUUGCUAUUAUCAUAUUUAUAAUGCGGUCUACAAAAAGUAAUAAUAGUAUAUGUAAUAGUGAAAUUA